AUGGGGAAAAUGGCAGAGGUGCAGCGUAGGCUGCUCGAGCAAAUGAUGGGCCCGGAGGCGAUGGGCUUCAACCCACCUAACCUCGACUGGUGGAACGAGAAGGUAUGCCGCGACUACCUCUUUGGCACGUGUCUGCACGACACGUUCAGCAACACUAAAAUGGACCUCGGGCCGUGUCCCAAGACCCACUCGGAUCGUAUUUUGAAGCAGUUCCAGGAGGCGCAGAAGGAGACGCCACCGGACCCGCGAAUCGCUGCGUUCCGGCAGGAGCACGAGAACAACAUCUACCAGUUUGUCGACGAGUGCGACCGGCGCAUCCGCGCAUCUCAGCGCAAGCUCGAGAAGACACCCGAGGAGAACCGCAAGACGGUCGACUUAAUGAAGGAGAUUGGCGAGAUUGAACUCGCGAUUCAGGGUGGGACAGACGAGAUCGAGGAGCUCGGCGCCGAGGGCAAGGUCGACGAAUCGAUGGAGAAGCUUGCGGCUGUCGACGCGCUGAAGCAACUCAAGAACGACAAGGAGAAGGAGUUGCAGGUGCUCAACGAGAACGCGGGAGCUAGUGGGCACCAGAAACUGCGCGUGUGUGAGAUCUGCGGUGCCAUGCUCAGUGUCCUCGACUCUGACAAGCGUCUCGCGGACCACUUCGGCGGCAAGAUGCACCUUGGCUUCCACGAGUUGCGCAAGCUGAUGGCUUUGUGGGCCGAGGAGCGAAUGCGCGGCCCGCCUCCGGCCCCUCUCAGCGUUCCCCCGCCGUCUGUUGUGCCUUCGGGGCCACCACCUCCUGGGCCAGGAGGGAACCGCCCGCCCGUUCCGCCGUUCCCGCUGGCCGACGACAAGCGCGAGGCCGGCGAGAUAGGCGAGGACGGCACCGAUCGCUCGCGCUCGCGCGACAGAUUCGACGACCGGCGCGGAAGCUCUGGACGCGACCGCUAUGACGACCGCGAAAGGUUCGGCACCCGUGACCGAUAUGGGGACCGCGAGCGUGACCGCUAUGGAGACCGUGAAAAGAGCCGGUACGACGACCGCGACCGUAGGGAUAAGUACGACGACGACCGGAGGCGCGACCGCUCGCGCUCGCCAUCCAAGCGCCGCGUUGUGUAG